AUGCAUCUCGAAGAGUCCAUCACUCCUGAUGAGCUAUUCAAUCAAUUGGAGAAGAGAAUGUGUGAGAUGUCGGAAUGUGUCAAGGAGUUUCCUCGAGCCAUAGAGCUCCUGAGUGCGCUGCAAUCGCAUGGGAUUCCCAUCGCUCUUGCUACAUCCAAUAGCAAGAGUGUCGUGGAGUCGAAAAUGACGCAAUAUCCCAAGCUUUUCUCCUUCUUUUCUACUAUUGAGGAAGAAGAUGGUGAGAAGCCCCCGUGCUGCCUCGUGUUUGAAGACUCGGUGAAUGGCUAUACUGCUGCUAAAGCAGCGAAGAUGCACAGUAUUGCUAUUCCUGACAUUAGUAUUCAUACGGAUGAUAAACAGAGAGCUGAGCUCUUUGGCGAUGCUGAUGAAGUGAUCAGUCGAUUACACAGUUUCAGAUCGACAAGUAUGACUGGCAGGUGUAAGGAACUAGCAGAAGUUGCUAGCUCUUUUGUGCUGGGUGAUCGCUCUCGUGACCUGCAAGCGUUCUUAUCAAUUGUGAACGUUUACUCAGGUUUUCAAUUACUACAUUGCAAUAUGUUUAACAAGUUGCUAAAGACCGAGACACGGUGCAACGCCGUAUAUGCUGUCUUAUCGUGUGCCAGAAGCGAAUACAAGAACAGAACAGCAAUGAGGAAGAGCUGCAAUAGAGAGCAGGGUAUUGCAGUAAGAAUAUGGCGAAAAUUUUGA